AAGGAACGAGAACAAGGCGUGCUUUGCGCCUGGAAAGAAAGUGAAGAGAGCGUAGUAACUCAUCCACUGCACUUGGCAGCGCGCAGAAAAGGCGAGAGAGUUUGGUAAGGGUGGUUUGUGGCGAUUUGGUCGAAGGAGGUUGAGCAAUAAAAGCCAGCGUUUCGGGUUAUAACGUAUCGUUUUUAUUCCCCAACGUCCGCACGGCGCAAGGACGAAGCCGAGGCUUCAUUGCUUCAGGGGCUGGGCUGCUCUGUCUCUUCCUUUCACACAUCGUUUCCAGGGCCGUUCUUCUAACGGUUCUUCUUUUCCUUGAGAUUUACUCUUUGUGAAGCUACGACGGAAAUAUGUUGCAAAGCACCGUGGGUAGGGACUGGUCCUGUACGGAUGAAUACGAGAAACUUGUUUUCCGGAUGAGCACACCCAGGGUCGUCAUCGACAAUGCCGUUUGCUCCACAGCAACUCUAGUCAAGAUUGACAGCGCUAGAAGGCAUGGCAUUCUUUUGGAUGCCGUACAAGUUUUAACUGAUCUGAACCUUUCAAUUCAAAAGGCUUACAUUUCCUCCGAUGGCAAGUGGUUCAUGGAUGUUUUCCAUGUCACCGAUCAAAACGGAAGCAAGCUAACGGAUGAGAGCGUUUUAAGAUACAUUGAACAGUCUCUUGGAAGCAUUCAGAUUGGUAGAACCGACCAUCCCAAUGGUCUUACUGCAUUGGAAUUAACUGGAACUGAUCGCGUCGGUCUUCUUUCGGAAGUUUUUGCUGUACUGGCACAUCUGCAAUGUGAUGUGGUGGACGCCAAGGUUUGGACUCACAAUGGCAGGAUUGCAUCUCUAAUAUUUGUAAAAGACUGCAAUUCUGGUUCCCCCAUUGAGGACGCUCAGAAAAUUGAUAGAAUUGAAGCACGUUUAAGAAAUGUCUUAAAGGGAGACAAUGACAUUAGAAGUGCGAGGACUUCUGUCUCUAUGGCUGUCAUGCACACUGAAAGAAGGUUGCAUCAGAUGAUGUUCGCGGACCGUGAUUAUGAGAGGGCUCCCAUAUUCAAGUGUAAUUUUGAUACCCCAGUAGUGACCGUCCAAAAUUGGGCAGAAAGAGGUUAUUCGGUUGUGAAUGUUCAGUGCAAGGACCGAAUAAAGCUCCUAUUCGAUGUUGUUUGCAAUCUGACGGACAUGGAAUAUGUUGUGUUUCAUGCAACGAUUAACACAACUGGAGACCAAGCAUAUCUGGAGUUUUACAUUAGACAUAAGGAUGGGACGCCAAUUAGUUCAGAACCAGAGCGUCAACGCGUAAUCCAGUGCUUAGAAGCAGCUGUGGAGAGAAGGGCAUCUGAGGGUCUUAGACUAGAGCUAUGUACAGAAGACAAGCAGGGUCUUCUAGCAGAGGUCAUGAGAACAUUUCGAGAAAAUGGACUCAAUGUGAGGAGGGCUGAGAUAUCCACCUUGGAAGACCAGACCGCAAAUAUCUUCUACGUAACGGAUGCGGUUGGAAACCCAGCUGACCCCAAAAUCAUAGAAUCUGUGAGGGAGAAGAUUGGGCUGAACAAGUUGAGAGUGAAGGAAUUGCCAUUGAUACGUCAUCAGAAAGCAGAUAGGGAAGAUCAAACAUAUGGAGUGGGUGGGACAGUGUUAUUGUCUAUAGGGAGCCUCGUGAGAAGGAAUCUAUACAAUUUGGGGCUCAUCAAAUCCUGCUCAUAAAGCACAAAGGGAGCGCGGAAGAUUUGUAGCAUAAUAUUCUUUGCGUCCGGUUUGGGCUAUGUGUACAUAAGAAAGUAAUUGUCGGUAGUUGUAGUUGGAUGGAGUUUGGUUGGUGGGAAAAUAUUAGGUAAUACACAGCUGGAAGGAUUGGCGGCAACCCACCAUUUUAAAUGCUUUGUGUGAGGGGGCAAGGAUUUGAGAUAGGAGAGAUGUUGUGUUGAUUUCCACCAUAGGCUGUGAUACAGGAUUCUUAGGGGUACGGCACACACAGGCCUUUAGGUUAGAGAUACUGGCGAAUUUGGUGUAUACAGCACACAGACUCAUUUGUACAUAACGGUCAUUCAGAGAGUAUUAAUUUAAGUGGUUGACUUCAUAUUUUUU